AUGCCACGUAAGCUACGUAAGAAUAUACGUAAGAGGAAGAGAGCAUUGAAACAUCCAAUAGUAAAACUGACACCACAACAACAGUUGCAACAACAAAUGAUGAAUGACCCCACUAUGUUGCAACAAAUGUCAAGCAACCCUAUGCUUUUAAACCGAGUUAUUGGUGCACAGAGUGGAGGUUUAAGAGCGGCACUUUUAGCGAAAAUGGCAGGCUAUGGUGGAGCUGCAGACGGAACAGCUUAUAACCCUCAAAGUCAAAUGAAUUUGAGUUCACUCAAAAAUCAAAUAACAGAUGUCAAAAAGUCAAACAUAGACAUACAGAAACAAAUAAGUGAAAACGAAAAGAAACUAGAAUAUGACAGACACACAAAGAAACUCAAUGAGUUAAACGUAGAGAAAAAGAAGAAAGAAGAACAACUGAAAGAACUAAGUACAGAGGAAUAUGCAAAAAAAGUGUCAGAAAAAGCAGCAGAAGUAGCAAAAAUGGAACAAGAUGUUAUAAAUUUGAAAAACCAUACUACUCAAUAUAAAGUACUGAAAGAUGAAGAGAUAAAACAAAAAGCCCUGAAGACAUAUAUGGAUAGCGAUGAGUAUAAAAAAGAAGUUGAAGCAAAUGUAAAGGCAGAAAAACUUUUACAGUUGCAAAACCAAACCGUACAGUAUGAAAACUUAGCACAAGAAAGUAAAAAUAACGACGCAGCCAUGCAAAAGGCAAUGAAAAGCGCAGAAUAUAUAAAAGCUAAUAAUGACUGGUUAGAUGCCCAAGCCAACGCCAAAGCAGCCCAACUUAUAGGGUCAAUAAGGACAAAAAUACAAGCGGAUGAAGACAGUUCAAAUGAAGCUUUAAUGAAUGCUGACUUUAAGAACGCCUUCGAAGCUCUUCAUAGUAAGGUGAAACUAGUGAACGACUUCUCAUCUGGAAAGAAACUGAAGUCUGAAGGUUUCGACAACGAGUUAAGAGAAGUAGCACAAAAUAUGACGAAAAUAACAGAUGCAGCAACGAGACAGGCAGUUCAAAGUGCCUAUGACUCCGUUAGAGCAACUGUUGUGGAAAGUCAAGAAAAAGAGUUACAACAGACCAAAACAGACCUAGUAAAUGCUUUCUUAAAAACGAAAAGUCAGGUAGGACAUUAUGCUGCAGAUGGAACAUAUGUGCCAGCUGGUGGAACUUAUAUACCACCAAACCCUCCAAGAGAAGCACCUGCACCAGGACUACCUAAAACAUUUACAUCGUCACAUGGACACAGACACAGGCAUGCACCAAAACCAACACAACAACCAACACAACAACCAACAGUUCAAAACACUGCACCACAACCAACAGUUCAAAAUACUGCACCACAACCAACAGUUCAAAACACUGCAGCACAACCAACAGUUCAAAACACUGCACCACAACCAACAGUUCAAAAUCCAGCACCACAACCACAAACAGAGCAAGGACAUAAAAGAAGUAGAGAACAAGGAAACCAAGAAUUCUUAAAAAUGCUUAAGGAAAAUUAUGGUUACCCAGAUACUCUUGACUUUAGUGACAGAUAUAAAGAAGCUAUUAGAAAGUUCAAGGAAGGAAAUACUGACCCGAACCUAUUUAGCUUUAUGGUUCAGCACCAAAUGGGAUAUAAUUUCAAACCUGGAAAAUACAAGCUCGCUAAGGGAUAUGAUUUAAUAGCAUAUCAUCCAAAUGACAUGGAUGAAUUUACUCCGAGAUAUUUGGUGUCAGAGAUAAAUGAUAAUUCAACUAUCUUCAUGAAACGCGUAAAAAAUAGAGACGGAACGAAAGAAGAAAGGGUUAUGAAUGCGGAUGGCUUAAAUAGGGAACUUGUUAAAAACGGUCUCGGAAUAUAUGAAAUGCCAGCAGAUGAGGUACAAGAAACUCCACAGGAAGAAGUUCAGAUACAACCAGACAUGGAAGAAAUAGUUCAGCAACAACAGCUAGAAGAGCCAGAAGGAAACGAACAAGUCCCUCCUUUGGAAACUAACUUCACAGAACUAGAUGAAGAUUUGGAACAGCCGAAAAAUCUUGACCCUCAACAAGAGUAUGCGGAGAAUAUGGAA